AUGCUAAAGGAAUACUCGAAAACACGUUUACAAAACCUUCGUAUCGAAAUCUGCAAAGAGACAAUCCAAUUGAUCAAGACGAACAACCUAGACCAUAAUAAGCCCAUAGAUAUUGAGGUUCCACAAGCGAUACUUCCCGAUACAGUAUUUGAAGCAGUUGUUAGAAUUCCUUAUGAUAUGCAAGUGAAACAAGUUCUUGCUAAUGGUAAAAAGGGGGCUUUGAAUGUGGGAGUUGUUCUUAUUUUACCAGAGGGUUUUGAAUUGGCCCCUCCUUAUAGUCUUUCGCCCGAGAUUAAAGAAAAUAUAGAUCCCGCUACUAAGAGAGAUGUUUACUUCUUAAAAUAUCCUAUAUACGUAGGCAGGAACAGGGGAAGGGGUCAGAUUUAUCCCGACGGAAGCAAGAGUAAUAACAAUGUUUAUAAUGCUACAACAACAGGGGGAUGCAAAAAUAGUGCUUCAAGAUCCGUUACGUGUCCAAGGUCUCUUGCUCUUCUUGGCAUCUAUUAUUUUGGCACAAAUUUUUUGGUUCUUAAAAAGAAACAAUUUGAGAAGCUGCAAUUGUCUGAAAUGAAUUUUUAG